CUCCCAUAUUUCUUUCAGCACGUCUUUUCUGUAAAUAAAUUCAAUACAACCAUGAAGCUCGCUAUCGCUACUAUGAUGAUCGCUUCGGCGUCUGCGUUCACCGCACCCCAGAAAACUGCUUCCACCACCGCCUUGGCCGGAGUUCCUUUCGACCGUCCCUCGGCUGCCCUUCCUUUCGCCGAGAACGGAUGCCCYGCCACCCUCGACGGAUCCCUUCCUGGUGAUGUCGGUUUCGACCCUGUUGGUUUCUCCACCACCCCUAUGGCUUCGUUCUUCGACUCCAAGACCGGUGCCAAGGACUCCAUGAGCGAUGUCCAAUGGUUGCGUGAAGCCGAGCUCACCCACGGCCGUAUCGCUCAAUUGGCCGUUGUUGGUUUCAUCUGGCCUUCGGUCUUCGGAACCUUCCCCGGUAACGAGUGGACUGGUGUCGACGCCUACKCUUACAAGAACCCCAUCGAGGAACUCGAACACGUUCCCGGUGAGGCCGUUGCCCAGCUCGUCUUGGUCUUCUCCUUGAUUGAAUUCCGUCGUGUUUCUUUGAUCAAGGCACAGGGACCUGACCGCCUUCCUGGUGAUCUUCAAUUGGGACAAGGACCUGGACCUCGCAUCAACCCUUUCAACCUUGACUACACACCAGAACAAUUCUACGAAAAGCAAGUCCAAGAAAUCAAGCACUGCCGAUUGGCCAUGUUGGGUGCCUUCGGUCUUUUCUGCCAAGCCGCCAACUCUGGAUUGGACAUCGGCGCCCAAAUCGGAGGAGCUCUUGCCACCCCUGAAUACCGUGCYAAGGCCGGAUACUUCCUCCCUGAAGGCAUCUAAAUUCUCUCGUUCAGAUGUGAAUGAGACGAAGAMAGAGGAGUGAUUAUACCCGAUGCCAUUUCACUUCUCUUSAAGGCGGACUCUCUCUAGGCGUGACUGAGAGUAGUGGUAUAGACUUAUUGAGCCUAUGUUGGAUUUUUACUCCAACGAACUCAGCUACUUUUUUCUUGAAGGAAUCGAGAACGCGAUUGUACCUAAUCUCAUAUUAAAUCUAUUCUAGGCAA